CUCCAGUUGGCUCAGUUGUCCGCUGAUCGAGAGGGCAACUAUGAGCGGAGCCUCAGAUGCUGUCGGUACCCCCCCCCUCUCGGACUUGACCCUUGCGGAGUUCGAGUGCAAUACCACAGGCGGCAUUUGGAACGAGCUUCUAGUACUUGCGCGCCAGCCUGGGGUAGUUAACCUCGGCCAGGGCUUCCCAGACUAUGAUGGCUCCAUGGCGGCUCGAGCGGCUGCGGCCGAAACGAUGACAGAUCCGAGCAAGACGGCCCUGAACCAAUAUAGCUUGCCGCCGGGGCUCAAGUCCCUGCAGAGCGCGGUCUCGACCUACUACAACAAGUGCUACGGCUUACAAGAGGGGGCCACGAACAGGGCGAUCGGGCCAGAAAAUGUCUUGGUGACAGUUGGCGCAACGGAGGGUCUGUACAUUAGCCUCAAGGCGUUGGCUGGGCCCGGGGAUGAGGUGCUGAUUUUUAAUCCCGGAUUUCCGUGGUAUCUCAGCACGGCUCGCAUGGUGGGGGCGACCCCAGUCCUCGUGGAACUCGCCGGCCCCGACUUCGCGCCGGACUUGGACAAGUUGGAGAAGGCCAUCACACCGAAGACGAAGGUGCUGCUCAUCAACACCCCGCACAAUCCGUGCGGGCACUGCUACACCAAGGAGGAGCUGGAAGGCUUCGCUCGAUUGGCACUCAAGUACAACCUCUUCGUCAUCAGCGAUGAGGUCUACGAGAACGUUACAUUUGGAGAGGCGCGGCACCUAAGGAUUGCAGAUGAGCAGGGUAUGUUCGAGAGGACUGUCACCCUCUGCUCCGCGUCCAAGCUCUUCUCGCUCACCGGUUGGAGGGUAGGCUGGGCGCUGUCGACGCCGGAGCUGCUCAGAGGACUAGCCGUGUACCACUGUAACACGUCGUAUUGUGCGCCGUCUCCGUUGCAGCACGGACUGGCAGUCGCGCUGGGAGAGGAGGACGGCUCUUUCGAGGGCAUUCCGCAGCUGGUCGAAGGCAACGCGGAGCUUCUCGGCAACGCUCUGACGGAAAAGGGGUUCUUGGUGACUCGGCCUCAGGGUGGCCAUUUCCUGGUCGCGGAUACAACACCGCUCGGGUUCAAAGGCUUGGAGUGCGCAAAGUUCCUACUCACGCAUGCUAAGGUGGGUGUGGUUCCCGGCGUAAUUUUCUACUUCCCCGACAGUACGGGGAUAGACCCGGACCGUCCCCUGUUACGUUUCGCCAUCUGCAAGCGGCGUGACACCAUCGAAGAAGCGGUUCGUCGGAUCCGAGAGAUGGAUCUACCUGCCCCCAAAUGAGCUACCUGAUAGAUACCGCCUGUUUACGCAACGCACCAGUUUGACAGGAAUGAAUGAGAGGGAGAGGAUGAGAGCGGUUUUUGCCUUGAUGCCGGGCCAGUUAGCGGCGGCGACGUACUUUGUGUCGUUCAAUGGCAACUCUCAACAUGGUAGCCACUGAGAAUAGAAAGAAACAUGAGCCGCACUCGGGAAGACACGAUGACUGCCAUCGGGUCUUUCGUCAAUAAUGGACGAUACCGUCAUCAUGAAUAGUUUGUUUUUUAGAGGAAUAUCAGCAUUGCCUACCCGAGACGAAACCGUGGUUCCCGGAUCGUUCCCGGCAUUAGACAAUCAUGAUGUCGUUGUGUGCCCAUUCACAUCUGUGAAUCAAGAGAAUCGCGGCGGCAAGAACAAUGGAUCUGAAUACAUAACAAGAUCGAAGUGUGGAGUCCCACACAGUAGUAACGUG